UGAAUUGUCAGAACUUCAGAAAGUGACGAAUCCUAAGCUUCUGUCUUAACAAAGAUAAGAAAAGGUGAGUGUUUUUGAGAUUUAAUCUGUGUCUCUUGAUUCUGCCAAACUUGUUAGAUGAGAAGGAAACCAGACAAAAUUAAAGAUUAAAGCAGUUUUAACUUUUAAAUUCCUAUUUUCAGAUAUUCUGGGAACCACCAGUAAACCUGCAGUCUGAGAGCGAAGUGCUCUGUUAGGAACAUAUGGAACAAUCAGAUCACUGAUGUAUGAUGGAGCUUGGUUAUUAAGAGCUUUUAUGUGAGAAACACUCCUCCUCACUCACCGGUAGACAUCCAGGGAGCAGACAUUGAGAAGGUGGAUACCUUUAAGUACCUGCUUAUUCACCUCAACAGCAAACUGAACUGGUCCAACAACACAGAUGCUCUGUAUAAGAAGGGCCAAAGCCACCUUUACCUCCUGAGGAGGCUGAGGUCCUUAGGAGUUAAUUCCCAUCUGCUAAAAUCAUUUUAUCACUCUGUGGUUGGCUCUGUUGUCCACUCUGCUGUGGUCUGUUGGGGUGCAGGCAGCUCUGAUCAUGACAGGAAGACACUGAACACGUUAGAUAACAAGGCUAGCUUGGUUCUGAGCUGCCCACUGGAUUCAGUUAAGGAGACGUGUGAAAGGAGGAUGCUGGGGAAGAUGACCACCAUCUUAAAAAAAAUCCUCCCACCCACUGCAUUCCACUGUGGAGACCAUGGACAGCUCCUUCAGAGGCAGACUGAGACAUCCCAGAUGUAAAACAACACUACCAUAGCUCAUUCAUCCCCUCUCCAGUAAGAGUGUAGAACUCCUCAGUUUAACUGGUACUGACAUUAUCCUGGUACACAAUACCACCAAUGCAAUAUUCAGUAUGUGUUCAAUACUCAUUCAAUACCAGAUUUACAUUGUAUGUACGUGUCUCUUGCACUAUGCUGCAGUGUUGGAACCAAAGUUUUUUCCUUUUUUAUUUGUGGUUUUUAGUGGUCGAAGGUCACAAUUCUAGACUACUGCCUAUGUGUGAUCAACGAUGUCUAUUCUAUUCUAAAGCUUCCAGAAGCUUCUCUCAGACCACUUGUGUUCUCUGUCCAAAAUACAAACGUCUUUGGUGUAAAGCUAACUAUGAGUCUGCUGCUGCUGCCUCUUGGCCAGAGUGUCACAAAUGAGAAUGAGUCUCAGUCGACUCGUCUGGUUUAAUGAAGAUUAAAUAAAAUAAGGUCAACUGUUGUGUUAGAAUAGUGUAUUACUUAUGUAUGUAGAAUAUUUUUAGCAUAGCUAUAUAAUAAUUAUAGUAUUAUAUUCAAUUAAUUACAUGUAGAAAAUGCAACAUUCGUUUAUUCUUUAGCUUAUCAGAGCUCAGAGAGUCCAGCAGGUGGCGAUAGUGCACCUUUACGCUGGUCACCGACCGCCGGAAAAAGCGGAAACCGAAAGUUGCUAGCAGAGCUAGCUUGUCGUUCUGGUGUGUGAGGAGAAUUUUUGAGGCGGUUAGCUCUACUCCGUGAACUCAGGUGACCAAAGGUCCUCUUUUCCAGACUGGAUCUGUCCUCAGCUGAUCAGAACCAAAGCGUUGGAUCUUUAAUCUCCUGCGUUGUUCUGAAGCAGCAUCUUAAUCAGCUCUCCUGCUUUGUUUCUAUUGCAGCUGUUAGCUAAACACGGCUAAAGAAAACCUGCUACCACUUCAGGAUCAACCAUCAGCUGGGACUGAUUCAUCGUGUGUUCUUCACCACCUGGACCUGGACAGCAUGGACACAGGUUUUCAACAGCUGGCGCUGGUUAAAGAAGAAGCUCCUGAAGAACAGAGUGCUGGUGUGGACCAGCAGGACCCAGAACACCUCCACAUAAAGGAGGAACAGGAGGAGCUCUGGACCAGUCUGGAGGGAGAGCAUCUCUGUUUGAAGGAGGAGACUGAAGCUGUCGGGUUUCCUGUUACUGCUGUUUCUAUAAAGAGUGAGGAGGAUGAAGAGAAACCUCUGGUCUCACAGCUUCAUCAGCAGCAAAUAGAAGACAGAGAUGUUCCAACCAGCAGCUCAGCUGACCAGAUGGCAGCAGAAACUGGUGGAGGAGCAGGAACUAGCAGGAACCCAGAUCUGAACCCUCAUGAACAAACAUCUGAUUCUUCAGAGACUGAAGUUAGUGGAGAUGAUGAAGAAGGUGAUGGUGUGACUCUAGACUCUGAGCUUUCAGAGUCUGGGUCUGAAACUGGAGAUGAAGAACGUGACUGGAAUGAGAGCAGGUCUUCUGAGUCAGAUGAACUUCCACAGCAUCAUGUCUGGGAAAAAGAGGAGGUUCUGACUGACCAGCAGCAUUUGAACCAGGAGAAAACCACCACUUUGGAUCAGAAGGAACCGGAACCUACACUGAUUAAAGAAGAACAGCAGGAACUCUGCAUCUGUCAGCAUGAAGGGCAGUUCAUUCUAAAGCAGGAAAAUGUUACCGUCACCGUGAAUUCUCCUUCUGAAGGAACAGACAGCUUUAAACCAGAACCAAAGAGGAACCAACCCUUUUGCCAGAAUUCUACUGGAGCUGAGAACCAAGGUCAGGAUGGAUGCAGGAACGAAACAUCAGAACCAAACACCAAUGAAGAACUGACACAAAAUAAAAGACAUCGACAAACGAAAGAUCACAGAGACAGUGUAGACAGUCAGAAAAUAAAAAGGCACAAGAGGGCUUAUAGAGAUGAGAGGCAAUUUUCAUAUAAACUCUGUGGAAAUUCUUUCAGUGACAAGUCUUUUAUAACUGUUCACAUGAGAACUCACAGAGAUGAGAAGCUGUUUCCAUGUAAAACAUGUGGUAAAUGCAUAUCUCAGACUAGUGCUUUGACUAAACAUACAAGAACUCACACAGGUGAGAAUCCAUUUGCAUGCAAGUCUUGCGGUAAAUGUUUUACUGACGAUGCCAACUUGACUAGUCACAUGAUAACUCACACAGGUGGGAAACCAUUUAGUUGCGAGUGUUGUGGUAAAUGUUUUACCAAAAGUAGUAACUUGAUGAGUCACAUGAAAACUCACACAGGUGCGAAACCAUAUGCAUGUAAAACUUGUGGUAAAUGUUUCUCACAGAUUAGUGAUUUGACUAAGCAUGUAAGAACUCACACAGGUGAGAAGCCAUUUUCAUGUGAGUGUUGUGGUAAAUGUUUCACCAACAGUAGUAACUUGACUAGUCACAUGAGAACUCACACAGGUGAGAAACCACAUGCAUGUAAAACCUGUGGUAAGUGUUUCUCUCAGACUAGUGAUUUGACUAAACAUAUAAGAACUCACACGGGUGAGAAACCAUUUACAUGCGAGUCUUGUGGUAAAUGCUUUACAGACAAUAGUAACUUGACUAGUCACAUGAGAACGCACACGGGUGAGAAACCCUUUACAUGCGAGUAUUGUGGUAAAUGUUUCACUAACAGCAGUAACGUGACUAGUCACAUGAGAACUCACACAGGUGAGAAACCAUUUGCAUGUAAAACUUGUGGGAAAUGUUUCUCUCAGACUAAUGAUUUGACUAAACAUAUAAGGCGUCACACAGGUGAAAAACCAUUUACAUGUGAGUCUUGUGGUAAGUGUUUUACUGACAAUAGUAACUUGACUAGCCACAUGAGAACUCACACGGGUGAAAAACCGCAUGCAUGUAAAGUUUGUGGUAAAUAUUUUGCUCGAAGUGGUAGCUUGACUAAACACAUGAAAACUCAGCACAGGUGCUACAUCCGUCUGAUACCAGAACAGGCAUUGCCACGAUGUUUUGAGCUAAUCCUGAGCCAUGGCUGGCGAGCCAGGGACACGCUGUACGUAAACACGUGUGACAAGGAGUCUGGGGAUCGAAUACCGCCUGGGCCCUGUUUCUCCACCUUGCCACAUGGAUUACCAGCUGAAAGAGACCCGUGUCCACAGUUAACAUUUGAGAAGAAGUCUUCAGGGAAGCACGUCCUCUCUAAGUGUAUAAAAUCAUUACGUCUAGCAACCGAAGGCUCAGAGAUCCUAGUAUCAAACACUGACAACACAGCAUCAAGAGUUUUGAACGCAAUGCAAGUGUUCCGAGGAUUAGGUGCAAUGAUAUCGGUGAGGAAGCUAGACUCUGCUAACUUCACUCUUUCUUGGUGCAACUAUGUCCGAAGAAGUCCUGAGCAUGGCAUCAAACUGGAAGAUGAGAUUGUGUGUGCUGAGAGGCACAGAGGACUGACAGCGGACACCAGUAGCCACCUGAUGAAGCCACUCCAGAUGGGAGACGCAGGACCUCGCGCGCAAUCAAACCCACCACAUGGUCGAAACGAUCUGCUGCAGUUCAAACCAAGCUUCAGAAUGGAGACGAAAGCCUCACCUUGGGUGCCUGUGCCUUCUUCCAAUUUUAAGCUGCACCUAGAUACUGAGUUCUGGGGGGCAGGGGGGAUUGGGGUCUUCCAAUCUAACACCAAGCAAGAGACGCUGGGAGGAGUCACAAGUGGACCGGGCAGAGUGCUUCAUGAAACGGGAGUUGUCAUGGAGACGAAGAGGAGACAAGAAGGAGGGGGGAGUGAAGUAAUAAAAAGGGGGGCCCAUGAGAGUUCUGGGGUCUGGGAAAGUUCUGUACGAGUUUGGUGGAGCUCGGUGUUUUUUGUCUUACCCGCUGCGUCGAGCUCCGGAUGUCACGUGACUCAGAGAGUAGAUGCCAUGUUGGCAGAUCCUGACGGGCGCUACAUCGGGUUUUGGCAUACUGGUCUUCUGGCACUGGAGCAGGAUGAGACAGCAGAUAACUGGAAACUUCUUGUGAACACGGUUAUAGAAUGGCUGGAAUAUUCUUGUGAUGUUCACUACAAAACGUUUAUAAUCAGUAACUUAAAAGCAGUUUUAACCUUCAUCUGGAUUACUGUAAUUCUCUCUAUGCUGGAAUUAACCAAGCCUCAGUGUUUAGACUACCCCUGGUCCAAAAUUCAGUGGCUAGCUGAGGUGAGCACUCUGUCCUCACUAACCAUCUCUGAGGCAAUCUUCCACAGGAAACAUCACUCUAAAGAAAACCUGCUACCACUUCAGGAUCAUCCAUCAGCUGGGACUGAUUCAUCGUGUGUUCUUCACCACCUGGACCUGGACAGCAUGGACACAGAUGUUCCACAGCUGGUGCUGGUUAAAGAAGAAGCUCCUGAAGAACAGAGUGCUGGUGUGGACCAGCAGGACCCAGAACACCUCCACAUAAAGGAGGAACAGGAGGAGCUCUGGACCAGUCUGGAGGGAGAGCAUCUCUGUUUGAAGGAGGAGACUGAAGCUGUCGGGUUUCCUGUUACUGCUGUUUCUAUAAAGAGUGAGGAUGAUGAAGAGAAACCUCUGGUCUCACAGCUUCAUCAGCAGCAAAUAGAAGACAGAGAUGUUCCCAUCAGCAGCUCAGCUGACCAGAUGGCAGCAGAAACUGGUGGAGGAGCAGGAACUAGCAGGAACCCAGAUCUGAACCCUCAUGAACAAACAUCUGAUUCUUCAGAGACUGAAGUUAGUGGAGAUGAUGAUGAUGAUGAUGAUGAUGAUGAUGAUGAUGUGAAUCGGGACUCUGAGCUGUCAGACUCUGGGUCUGAAACUGGAGAUGAAGAUGAUGACUGGAAUGAGAGCAGGUCUUCUGAGUCAGAUGAACGUCCACAGCAUCAUGUUUGGAAAAAAGAGGAGGUUCUGACUUACGACAAGCUCUCUAACCCAAAGACCACCUCUAGUUUGGACCAGGAGGAACAGCAGGAACUCUGUAUCCAUCAGCAUGAAGGGCAGUUCUUUCUGAAGCAGGAGAAUGUUACCGUCAUGGGGACUUCACCUUGUGAAGAAACAGACAGGAGCCGACCCUUUUGUCAGACUUCUACUGAAGCUGAGAACCAAAAUCAGGAUGGAUGCAGGAAUGAAACCUCAGAGCCAAGCACCAAUGAAGAACUGACACAAAGUAAAAGACGUCAACAAACCAACGAUCACAGAGGCAGUGUAGACAGUCAGAAACUAAAAAGGCCCAAGAGGGCUCACAGAUAUGAAAGACAAUUUUCAUAUCAACUCUAUGGAAAUUCUUUCAGUAACAAGUCUUUUAUAACUGUUCAAAUGAGAACUCACACAGAUGAGAAACAGUUUACAUGUAAAACUUGUGGCAAAUACUUUUACAAGACUAGUGAUUUGACUAAACAUAUAAGAACCCACACAGGUGAGAAACCAUUUACAUGUGAGUCUUGUGAUAAAUGUUUUACAGACAAUAGUAACUUGACUACUCACAUGAGGACUCACACAGGCGAGAAACCAUAUGCCUGUAAAACUUGUGGGAAAUGUUUCUCUCAGCCUAAUGAUUUGACUAAACAUAUAAGAACUCACACAGGUGAUAAACCAUUUAUAUGUGAGUCUUGUGGUAAAUGCUUUACUAAUAGUAGUAUAUUGAGUAGUCACAUGAGAAUUCACACAGGCGAGAAACCAUAUGCAUGUCAAACUUGUGGUAAAUGUUUCUCUCAGACUAGUGCUUUGACUAAACAUAUAAGAACUCACACAGGUGAGAAACCAUUUGCCUGUGAGUCUUGUGAUAAAUGUUUUACAGACAAUAGUAACUUGACUAAACACAUGAGAACCCACACAGGUGAGAAACCAUUUAUAUGCGAGGCAUGUGGUAAAUGUUUUACUAACAGUAGUAACUUGACAAAUCAUAUCAGAAUUCACACAGGUGAGAAACCAUAUGCAUGUAAAACUUGUGGUAAAUGUUUCUCUCAGACUAGUGUUUUGGCUAAACAUAUAAAAACUCACACAGGUGAAAAACCACAUGCAUGUAAAGUUUGUGGUAAAUGUUUCUCUCAGAAAGGUAACUUGACUAAACACAUGAAAACUCAACACGGGUGAGAAGUCUUUUCCGUGUUUGAUCUGUAGAGAGAGCCACUCAACCAAACAUUUUUUUUACUUCUCAUGUAAAAGUUCACACUUGAUAUUUUAUUCUUCAAUAUUUUUGUUUAGUGUUUUUCCCUCACAUAAUUAACCUGACACAAAAAAAUGAGAACUCAUGCAGUUAAGGCGAAACUAGAAAACUGGUUUUGGAUGAAGCCAUGCUAUUGGCUGAGGUUUUUAGACAAAUGCAAGAGAACAACCGUUUUGUUUAUUUUCUUUUUAAUAUCCACAACAUAUUUGUAGCUACAUUAUGUUAGAACAUUGUAGAAAAAAAAAGAAAAAAAAAAGCUUGGAAAAAGGUUUAAAGCUAACUUGUUUUACAGAUUUGCCAUUGUUUAAGAGUACACUUGCCUAGUUUGACACAAACAAUAUUUUCGGGAUAAGCACUGGCAAAAUAAAGAAACAGCCUCAAAGACAUAUGUAACAACUGUGGACUCCCAGUUUUUCAUUUGGACAGUAACUUGAAAGGCAGUUUUUGUAAUCUUCCAAAACAUUAACAUCUUGAAUCUGAGGGUCCCUGGUACCAGGUACGCUAGCACUUCCAGCAACAAAGUCGUUCCACAUAUAUGCUUAAUAAUUACUAAUAAUUAUGAAUUGCGAACUGCACAUGUACAUAAUGAGAAGAAGCUUGUUUAAAUAAUGAUGGAUGUUUUCUACCUCAAAAAACACUAAAUUCCAACAAUAUGUCAUUAAGUAUUAAUUUAAUAUAAAUAUUAAUUAAUGAAUUUAAAUUAGAGCAACAGUGUUAUUGGUAUUGUUUAAAUAAUAGAGAAUAGG